AUGAAAUCCACACUCCUUCUUACUUUGGCUGUAGCUGCUACUGCUGUUUCUGCUGUCCCUCUCGAAAAGAGAGCCACCGCUCAAGUCAUCACCACCUGUUCUGUUCCCGGCACCAUUGCCUUGACUUUCGAUGAUGGACCUUACGAAUACACUUGGGCUUUGGCCGAUACUCUUAAGAAAGAAGGUGUUACUGCUACCUUUUUCAUGAACGGCAAGAACUGGGUCGAUGUUGAAAAGCAAUCUGUCCAGACUAGUGCUGGUACCAAGACUUACAAGCAAGUCAUUAAGCAUGUUUAUGAUCAAGGUCACCAACUCGGUAGUCACACCUACAGCCAUGUCGAUCUUAGCUCCAAAUCUGCUUCUGCUAUCACCACUGAAAUGCAAAAGCUCGAAAAAAUCUUCCGUUCUGUUAUUGGCAAGAACCCCUUGUAUAUGAGACCUCCUUUGGGAGCUCAUGACUCCAACACCCUCUCUACUCUCGGCAAGCUUGGUUACAAGGUUAUUUUGUGGGAUAUUGAUUCUCAAGAUUGGGCCCACUCCACAGAGACCAGCCUCUCAGUCGAACAAAAGAACUACAAGGAUGUCAUUGAAGCUGACAGCAAGUCUAAGCCUCAUGGCCACAUCUCUCUUCAACACGACGUUCACAAGAAGACUGUUGAUAAGUUAGUUCCCUGGGUUAUUUCUUACAUCAAGAGCAAGAAGAAUUAUAAGUUUGUCAGUGUUGCUGAAUGUAUUGGCAAAACCAAGGGUUCUGCUUACAAGACCAAGCAAUAG